UCCUCAGUUGCUCUAUCCGCGCUAAGUGAGAGGCAUCAAAAAAUUGAAUAUCGGUUUAUUCAACAAAAUAAUAAAAUUGAAAGAACGUGAAAAGUCACUUCCACAAAUUUUUUUACCGUUCAAUUAGUGAGUUGUUGAAAAAUUCACGUCUAGCACCCAAAAAGUUCCCAAGAUGACUGACCGCAAAGCUGUAAUCAAGAAUGCCGAUAUGAGCGAAGACAUGCAGCAGGACGCUGUGGACUGUGCAACACAGGCCAUCGAGAAAUACAAUAUCGAAAAGGAUAUCGCUGCGUACAUUAAGAAGGAAUUUGACAAAAAGUACAACCCGACAUGGCACUGCAUCGUUGGAAGGAAUUUCGGAUCAUACGUCACCCACGAAACGCGCCACUUCAUCUACUUCUAUCUCGGGCAAGUGGCGAUAUUGCUCUUUAAGAGCGGCUAAACCCCAUCCCCGCUCGCCCCCCUUCCUACCUGCCCCCCCCCCCUCUCCCAGUAUUCCACUAUAUUAGAUGACUGUUUCAAUUCUGAAAUAAUCCUUAUAUAUUAAUAGUUUGGUUUCGGUACGCGUUCCCAACGUGCAAGGGAGAACCUCAUUCUAUUUAUAUGCGAAGCGACGGGAAUGCGUACUCAAAUUUAAAGUUUUAUUUUACGGAUUUUAUAUACCUAUUUUUGGAAUAAAAUUAUUUUGUUGAUACUUUA